CAUUGUAUUAAAAGAAGAUAUGGGGGAGAGGGGGGCCAUAAGGAACUCAAAUUUUGUGGUCAGAGGUCCGACAGAGAUCACGACCUGACGAAUUGCUGCACUACACUGAGGAUAUCUUGACGAGCUCUGUCAAGAUGAAGGUGCCUACAUUCCAACUCCAAGUGCCCGGAGCCGAGGGGAGAGAAAAGUCUUUGGAGAAUGACGAUCUCUUGCCGAUUCCUCAAGAGAAACGAACCUGGGACUUUCUGACAUUCAAUUUGUUCUGGUUCUCUGCCGUGGGGACUGUGGCGAAUUGGCUCGGAGGUGGCAGUUUCUUGACAUAUGGAAUCACAGUCUGGGAUGGUAUCCUGUGUAAUUUUUUCGGUUACCUCUUGAUUUCCCUAUUCAUGGUCCUCAACGGUCGUUUCGGUGCCGUCUAUCAUUGUGGAUUCCCAGUCUAUUGUCGAGGAUCCUUUGGCGUCUACGGCGCCGCUUGGCCAGUGUUCAACAGGGCAUUGUCCGCUUGCGUCUGGAACGGAGUCAAUACCGUCACAGGUGGACAAUGUGUGUAUAUCCUACUUCACUCGAUCUUCCCCUCGAUCGCCAGGAUCCCAAAUCACAUGCCGGAAGCCUCGGCUUUGGACACAGCUCAGAUGAUUGGGUUCUUCCUGUUCUGGUUCGCAACAUGUUUCGCUCUGUUCCUUGCGAUUCCCAAAUGGCCACUUUUGAUCAAGAUCAAACUCGUGGCCUACGUCCUCAGUACUAUCGGGAUGCUAUCCAUAGCAUUACACGCCUCGGGAGGUGUGGGCGAUACCUUGACCGCCAAGGCCAAAGUCCACGGGUCGGAAAAGGCAUGGUUGAUCGUUCGUUUCACUCUACUCUCCGCAGCUGGAUGUUCCACCUUUGCGAGUAAUGCUUCGGAUUGGCAGAGGAAUGCUUCAAAACCGAAGGAUCCCAUUUGGGGUCAAAUUCUAGGCUUCCCAUUGAGCAAUUUCAUCGUCACGCUCUGCGGGAUGAUCACUGCUGCAUCAAGUCAGCGAAUUAGCAAAGAUGGCGAGGUCAUCUGGAACCCUCUCGACUACCUCGACAUGAUUCUCUCUGACAACUAUACCGCUGCGAACCGAGCCGGAGCUUUCUUUAUCUCUCUCGGAUUCAUCUACUCGUCUCUCUUCUCAUGUCUGUUCGAAAACGUCUAUCCCUGCGGUCAGGAUGUUGCUGCGUUGUGCCCGAAGUACAUCUCCAUCAAGCGAGCAUUUGCAAUCUGUCAGGUCGUCACUGUGGUAAUCAACCCGUGGUUCUUGCUCGGUAGCGCGGGCAUCUUCAUCAGCUUCUUAGCUUCGUACCAGAUCUUCCUAUUCUCCAUCGUCGGUGUCCUCCUGGUGGAUUACUACAUUAUCAGCAAAGGCCGAAUGGACCUCGGGUAUCUCUUCACUGCAGACCGCAAUGGACCCUAUUGGUACUCGUAUGGAUGUAAUUGGCGAGCGUUCGCAGCUUACAUUGUUGGCGCUGGAGUCAAUUUCUGCGGAUUCCUCGACAACAUGGGUGUCAAAGGGUUCAGUCUCGGAGUUGUCAGAUCGUUUUACUUUGCCUUUAUCACCACGGGCUGUGCGGCUGGAUUGACCUAUUACCUCUUGGCGAGGUUCUUCCCACAGGAGAAUUACAAGACUUACAGGGAGCUCAAAUUCAGAGAAUGGAGUCAGGACGAAGUGGAAAUGUAUGCCGCGGGAAAGAGGGAAAUUGUACCGGAGAGAGCAUCACAGACACCUUCCGUCGAGGAGAAAUCUGAUCUCGACGUUACUGCCGUCAGUGUCUUGCCAGCGUAAGGGGUAUACAGUAGGAAUAGAGGGAUAUUAGAUUGUCGUUGUCCUGAAUGAACCAUCGCUUCUGCAC